GCAACUGCAGCAUUAUGUGCUUUAGCUCUGUACAUUAUUAUAACUAUGGGCAUGUUACUCCAAACCUCUGUCUUUUUGUGGAUAUCAGUUGGAUUUCUAUCUUUACCAAAGAAGUCUGAUGCCUAUACAGGCAAUUACUCCCUUGUGCGGUGUGAAUUUGUUUUCAGAAAUGUCUGUUUUGAGUUUUUUGGGGGAUCUAAAACCUGGUCCCAAGCCAGGAGCAGCUGUGAAAAGCGAGGAGGGGAGCUCCUGAAGGUGAUGAACAGCCCGAUCAAAAUGUUCCUAAAGAACAUCACCAGAGAGGGAAACACCGGCAACUUCACCUGGUGGCUAGGGAAGGGAGUCCAAGGGCAAUACCAGGAACCCACCUUAUUAAAUGCUGACAACUGCACGUACAUGAAGCUGAAUCCUCUUAAGCUCAUCAAAACAUCGGACUGCAAGCAGAAACGAGGUUUCCUCUGCACCCACAAUGCGUGGUCUUCUUCAAACACAAAGCAGAGCACAAUCGUGUCUAGUCCUGCAACCAGAUCUCGACCCAAAAGGGAUGUAAAUGCCAUGGCUUUGUCUGUUUCAAACAUUCACACACUUCUCCUGGAAGCAGAUGCAGAACUACUGCGAAUGGAAACGACAGUAGGGGAGCCGACAAACUACAACAGGGACAAAUUCAUUCAGUAUUUGUUGAAUGGCGUUAAAAACCUUACUAAAGAUUUUUUUUUGCAAAGCAACGACACUAUCAGUCACAUCAUCAACUGUAGCAGUGGCAUCCUCCUUCUCUCAUUGACCAAAUGUGACAUCCAGACUUACCCGAACCCUACCUCUUUUUUUGAGGAGGUCUUUGAAAUCUUUCGGACAGUCGCAAUGCUGGUGGGUUUAUUAUCCAACCAGAGCAUUGUCAUCAGGUACCCAACAGGCACCAUCUAUCAGAGCACUUACACACCUGCUGACCUCGGCAAUGCUGUGCUGGGUUCAAAGCAAGAUGGUGUGUUCAUCAAACUCCCCUCAUUUGCAGCAUUUCAGCCUCAGCUUGGAACACAAAGCACAAUCAUCGCUCAGAUGGCUGCAUUCUCACAGAAUCCCCAUCCAUAUAAUAACAACAUCUCAGGAACUGUUUGCAGCCUCAUACUUAAUAAUGGAGUAUCAGACAUAAAGCUGGCCAACCUGCCAGAGAUGAUAGAGAUCUUUUUGCCUCGUCCAAAUGCUUCAAUACUGAUGAACAGUACCGUUGUGUUGGAGAAAAACACAAAAGCGCUGACCAAUAUCAACGUCUCAGACGCUAAUAUGACCAUCUUCUUCAGCGUGGAGUCCAGUGCUAAUGUGUCCUUGGUUCUUAGGUUGUCUCAAGGGUCACCUCCUAAUGAUACAUAUUUCAGCAACACAACCACCUUGAACCUAACAAGAGGCUAUCGCUGGAUGAUAACCCCGAAGAUGUUACAGCAUACACCUGGAGUCUGGUAUGUUGACACUGGACUCUUCGAUUCCACUUGGAAGCCAGGUCUGACGCUGAGGAUCACUUCUUUUAUGAGCAAGUGCUUGUACUGGGACAUAGUGAAUGAGACAUGGAGCACUGAGGGCUGCCGGGUGGGGGACAAAAGCACUCCAGAACAAACACAGUGUCUGUGUAACCACCUAACCCUCUUUGGGAGCUCCUUUUUUGUGAUGCCAAACUACGUGGACCUUUCUCGCACAGCAGAGCUGUUUUCCACCGUGUCUCAAAAUUAUGUGGUGCUGGCACUGCUGUGCGCUUUCUUCGGGCUCUACCUGGUCACUCUGCUGUGGGCCUGCUAUGCCGACCGCAGAGCACGCUCUAAGAGAAAGAUGACUCUGCUGGAAGACAACCACCCAGGCGCUCAGUACAACUAUCUGAUCGGUGUCCAAACUGGCCAUCGCAAGAAUGCUGGGACCACCGCCAAUGUGACAGUGAAGCUGAUUGGCUCGGAUGGCGAGAGUGACAUACACAUCCUCACAGAUCCUGAGAAACCUGUGUUUGAAAGAGGAGCUGUGGAUAUGUUUCUGUUGGCCACCCCCUACCCACUGGGCGAAGUGCGAAACCUCAGGCUUCAGCACGACAACUCUGGAGGUCGCCCAUCAUGGUAUAUAAACAAGGUGACCGUACAAGACCUCCAAACACGACAUGUGAUUCACUUCUUUUGUGACUGCUGGUUGAGUGCUGACUGUGGAGACAACAUGACAAAGAAAACCUUCAAUGCUGCCAAGAACAACGAGAUUGCCAGCUUCAGGAAUAUUUUCCAUAGCAGAACAUCGACUGGCUUCAGGGAUGAACACAUCUGGGUGUCCAUAGUGGAUCCUCCCUCACGUAGUCCGUUCACACGUGCCCAGAGGGUCUCUUGCUGCAUGAGCCUGCUCCUCUGCACCAUGGCCAUCAAUAUCGCCUUCUGGAACAUUCCCAUGGAUACAAACUCGCCAGUAGUCUUCAAGAUUGGUUCAUUGCAAAUCACCUGGCAGGAGCUCAUGGUGGGGAUACAGAGUGGUCUUCUCAUGUUUCCAAUCAACAUCCUCAUCAUCACCAUCUUCCGAAGCAUCAGACCUCGCGUGAUUUCAAAUUCUCAAAAAGGCGACUCUGAGGAGAACUUAAGACCCCCUGCAGUUAAUAUACCAACUAUUCUGAAGGACACAGAGAAGGUGAUUUCUUUGGUGAGCAGUAGUCCGAGAAACAAGAUGUCGGAGAUGCCCAGGCUGGAGUCCACCGCUGACCUCUAUCCUGCCUUGGACAGGGUGCAUGAAUUCAUCCAGCUUAUGCAAGGGGAGAGUGAGAGUGACCCACACUGGGUGUACUGCAGCAAGUUCCUUCUGGCUGGUCUCUGUCACCUCCUGAUGUGCCUGGAGAAACUGGAUGAAAAGCACUUCCCGAGUCCACAGGAGUACCAGCAGACCCUCAACUUCACAAACCUGUUGGUUCGCAAGGCUGAGAUGGUCUUCAGUAGCCACUUGGCCUACUGCCCGCCUCCCUUAAAGAAGAAGAAGAAGAAGAAGGCGAGCUGCUGGCUGCCCUGGUGGUGUGUGUUCCUGGGCUGGUUCCUGUUGCUGUCCAUCAGUGGAUUAUCCACUUACUUCACUCUGGUGUAUGGCUUGUACUACGGCAAAGAAAAGUCAAUCAAGUGGGUCAUGUCUCUGGGCCUCUCCCUGUUCCAGAGCAUCUUUGUACUGCAGCCUCUCAAGGUCCUAGGCGUUGCUGUGUUUUUUGCCCUGCUGCUGAAACCUGUAGCUGUUGAGGAGUCUGAAGAAAUUGAGCAGGUGAAGUUAGAGCAACAAGACAAGUGUAGACGGUACUCUGGCAGGGACACACUGUGAGGAAGCUGUAUUUAGCUGGAUAAGCUGUCUUCUCCAACGGGCACAGCUGUGAUCCACGGCACCCUCACUUCUUAAACACUCUUUUGCACUUAUUAGUUCUAACUUUCUGGAUAUGUAUAAAAUAUAUAUUCAGUUUUUUUGUAUGUGUACAGAAUUUCCAAAGCCUGAAAGGUGUAAAUGGGUAAUUAGUUGUUCUAGCAUAUCAAAGUGUUGUUUUUUCCAAGUAAUUUACUAUCUUUGAUGAUGUGUAUGUAAAGAAAAUCUCUGGUUGCUUUACUUCAAUUCAUGUCAACAUACAAAAUUAGUAGACUCCAUUUAGAGCUUUAAGAGACAUUGAAGCACCUAUAGAUAUCGAAAACUGUAAGACGUAUCAUGAGCUCUUUGAGGUAUUUUGAUAGUAAACUGUCUUCAAUCAAUCAAUAAAGUAAACAUAAUUAACAAGUAAUGGAAUAGAAGCCCUGCUAGAAUUUCCAGAUAUACUAUAUAA